AUGGCCGCCGCCGUAUUGGAAAACGAGAACACCCUGGGGACCAAGGUUGAACCUCACUCCAUAGUUGGCUCACGACAUACGGACGUGCUUCAAAGCGAGGCCUGGUGCGACAGCCGUGCCACUCGUGAGCUCAAAGGCUCAGUUAUAGUUGGUUGGCUUUGAUUCCAGCAUUUGCAAAAUUUGCACAUGAACGCGCAUACGAUCGUGACUUCGAAGGCGAUAUUUCCAAACCAGUCAGAAGUUCAUCGAAAACUCCUCGGAUUUUAGACUACCAGCAGUUUCUCUACUCGCAGUCUACUCAGAUUCAGCGGUCGCGUUUUAGUGAAACAAUCCGCGAAAUUUUGUCACCCGAAGUGUAGCCUGCGUACCAGUGACAGGAGAAAGAACAAAGCAAUUAUAGAGAAGAAAGGUAACUGGUCUAAGAAACAAAAGUAGCUUUUCUGCAUUUAAUCAUAGACAUACUUUUACAGUCCUCUCCUUACUUGCAAAACUCUCCUUAACACAGAAUACUGGUUCUCUAGUAAAAUAACUAACUGGUGUGAGACCGGACCCGCUUCGAUUAACUUAACUCCUGCGCGGGGUUGCUCAGAAAAAAUGCAUAAUUACAUUGAACCUGGAAAGCUAUAUUUUCAUUCGGAGAAUUUUAGCGUGAACAUCGUGAACAUAGAAAGUUCUACCUUUGUGUGCUUAAAGAAGCUUUUUUAAAAGCUUAAGCUAUUUUUCGCAUCACUUGAAUUUCAAAAAUAAUGGCCUAGUUUUGGUCUAUAUUUAGGUAUUGAAGCUGUUUCCCGUCAUGUUACAACGGGUGGCAGGGUUGGGCAUGGAUUGAAAGUUGAAAAAGUUUUUAGGUAUUAGUGCUAUACUUGAAAAAAUCGCCAAAAAAGUAUUAUGGUUAGUGCUCCCUGAUGAAAUUAGUAAGAUAUCUUCUUCACAACUCUACAAAAGAAUUUUGCGAAUGGGUGGAAAGGCACGUGCUCUAACCAAUGACUUCAGCACUGCCGAAUUGCCCUAAAUCCGAGCAAUAUCCUCUUGCCCCUAAUUUGAGGAACCCGUUCAAGCUAUUCUUACUAGACCGUAUCGUCGUCACGAACUAAUUUAUCACGUACCGAGAUUUCAUAAGGUAAAUAACCUCGUUUGCGUUGAUUUGUCCUGGCAAACUGGAAAAGCAAAGCCAAACUCCAAUUCAACGAAAUUUGGAAGGAAGGAGUCGCGCGCGUAGCAAAAGUCAAUUUGUGAGGAGAAAGUAAAUUGUAAGUAGACAGCACGAUCCUUUUCAAAAACUGGAAAUGAGCAAUAAAUGAAGCAAAAAUAAAGUUUCAUUAAUAUCAAGAUUCCAAUUCUCUUUCGGUUAACGCUAUUUUAAAAUACAAUACUAGUUGGACCGGCACUUUGGCUUUUCUAAAUGCAUUUUUCUCCCACCAAAAGGACCCUUUUCCGGCAAAGCUGAGUGUAUUUUGCUGACAGAAUAAGGCUAAUUUACUGUCAGCGUGAAAGAAAACAGUUCUUAUAUAAUUUAAGCAAAAGGAUCUGAACGACCUUUAACCUAGUUUCAUGUGAAGGAUAACAAACUUAAAACAAUUCUCUUCAGUCAGCCAUGGCACGAUAAUUUAUUCAGUCCACGUAUGCGAUAUUUUGCUAGAAAGUUAUGCUUCUCAUUGGCGUAACUAGGAAGUUGAGUUUGCUAGCAAGCUGUGCUCUUAGAAUUUACAACCGAGUUAUGCUUCUCUCAGCUUUUUUCCUCUUCAGCCUACAACUGAACUGGUACGUUGUGCCUCUCCGAACGACGCACAUCUUCGCUGAUGACCUGACUUUUAUCUUAUUCAUUACUUAUUGUGUAUGUGGGCUGGGCCUACCAAACCCUCCUAAGUUACAGUUUGUUAAAAUGUUUUCCUAGUUUUGCACCUUGAAUAGUCUAUUGUUACAAUAGCAGCUGUAUUCAGUCUAGCAAGUUUAUAAAAAAAUUUCGGCUCCCGUUUGCUUGAAAAAUCAACGCAUUCGGUUUUUUAUUUUACCAGGCUACGCGCCAGUCGAAAGCAUUGUGCGUUAUUCAAGUAGAACUGAAUUUGUUCGGGUUUCAAACGACAAGAACCAUAUUACAUUUCAUGCCUCAUUAGAAUUUGGCCGGCUUUAGUGUUUUUUUGGACAAAUUCCAGCUCAAGUUUUAAAUCCCGUCCGGCUAAACCUAACUACAAUCAAAGCAUGUCAAGAGAUCUUUUUAUAAAUUCUACCCAAACUAUAUUUCCUCAAUCGCUGGUUAAGCAGUGAUAGUAACAAGUCUUGCUAAGCCAUUCAACAAAUUCAUUUGUCUUUUUAACUGACCUUGUUUUCUAAUGUUCUUAAAAACAUUUUACGGACAGAUGCACACCAUAGUUAAUCAGUGUUCUUUAAGUAUCUUAAAGAUGUAUUAAUGUUGGAAACAAAGCUCGGUUUGGUUUCAAGCGCACGAAAUGGCUAGAAGGGGCGCUUUUCUAAGUGCUAAUUGCCUAAACCUGAACCAUUAAAACAUUUAGUAACGAGAGAAUUCUACUGCACCAGCAGCUAAACUGGCUAAAGAAACGAUUUAGUUCGCUCGCUUGAUCGACAACAGGGAAAAUAAAUUCUGAGCUAUUUUCUAUCCUUUUUUUUUUUUAAACAUUCAUUACCUUGAACAAUGUUUGCUUUGUGCGCGAAUCAGAACUUAAACUUCAUGGGUCAAUACGUAGUUAUCUUUCGUACUAUUGUCUAAAACCUUGCCCUUUUUAAAGGGAUUGACAUUUUCAGCUUUUAAUUCCAUAAUUUUUUUUAAAAAAAAUAUCCUAUGCAUUUUUUUUUCAACUAACUCAGUAAUUGCUAUGGCAAAUGAAAUUUAACAGGUGUUCACACGUCACAAGUCUAAAAUAUGGAUAUCCACCUACAAAAAGAAUUUAACAUCGUGGUCAGGAAAUAUAGGAUUUAUGUGAGAAAUUACUCUUUUUUUCCCAGUCACUGUCGACUCCCCUACAACAGAUUCUCACCUCGCUCUUCAAACAAUGGUGUCAGUUUUUUUUAUCAUAAAAAAGGAAGAAUGCUCACAGGACUGACCGGAUAGAUUUAUAGACCGAACAGCUGUUUUGCAAUAGGACUGGGUCGCGCAACUCGAGCUCUUUACCAACACUACAUAGCGAAACGUCGGGUUAAUUCGUUUGAAUGUAAACAGCUUCUUUUGUCUUGAAUUGAACGAGAUCAUCCCUGGAUCAUGAAAAUAAUAAAGGGCUCAGUUUUCCGUUGGCGCCAGCGCGGUGAUUACAGAUCAGCGAACUUUGAUGUUCUGAAACGCCAUCCAUCAACACCGGGUUUCUACACCACAUUCCGAACCUUCCAAAUAACGUUAUCAAGGUGUGGAGGAUUCUUCCGAGGGCUGUGGCUAUGGAUGUUUUUAAAACGGAAUGAUAAUUCAGUUCAGUACUUAUUUUUUUUCAGCCGUCUUCCAAAGUGCCAGUUUUCAAACACCCAAUACUUGUUCAAGUACUUCCUACUAGACCGUCAACAGGCAAUUAUAAGCAUCUAAUCACUUUUUACAGUUUGAGAGGACAUCCAGCUGGUGACAUUUGUAGCCUGACGUUGUUCAGAUCAGGUAGCCUCCCGACUCGAUGGUUUCGGGGGGCUCUAAGAAAAGAAUAGGGAGAGGUAUGCCCCCAUUCGAUCAUCUCCGGUCUCUUAAUCCGGAGUACCCGGGGAGUACCCCGGGUAUGAUGUCGCCGAGGCCUUUCGAUAAUGUCCCUGUUUUAGACAAAAUAUAAGUUCAUUUUGCUACCCUGUUUAAGAAAAGAGGCCUUAUAACAUCAUGGAAUUAAAGCUUUUGGGUCCGUUCAACGUCAACCAAACACUUUUAAGAACUCCGGUCCAAAAAGACACGCAAUACUGAAACUGUAUACCAAGUUUAGACUCAAGACCCUGAAAACCAUGCCCUGUUCAGCGGCACCUACCGAAUAAGACAGUGCCGUCCCCGGCCGUGGGCGAAGCAUCCCAAAAAUAAUGUUAGUUUCUGCUGGUAACAAUUCUCUCACUGAUUCCUUCUGGAAAACUGCUGACCCUGGAAGAAUGCCUAACAGUGUCUGCUUCAAAAAAUUGCUCAUCAUUGCUGCUGUCUAGAAAUUGUACAUACAUAUAUAAAUAGCUGUCAAUGUCAGCGACCUUCAGUUUUUAAUUUACCCAAUAUGUCGAUUCCAUUCAUACGUUUCACAAAUGUUGCAAUAUUCAUGGCGGUCACCCCUCCUGUAUGGUGGAAUUACAAUUUGGAUCAAAAAACACUAAGUGACGAUCUCGGCCUCGCCGUAAGUAGCGUAACAAGGUUAAAGAAUAUCUCACAGCGUGAUUAAGGUUUAGCUCCUGGAAACCAGGUAGUCAGUUACGACAAAACACCAUUACUGCUAUUUCGUGAAAUUAGACCACUUGACGCGAUCAGAGCAUAUCUGGGCACGAGUCAAGGUGACAAAACAUUAUUUAAAAAAAUACAAAGCUGAAAUGGUGAAAGAUGAGAGCGAUAAGAACCCACAAAAAAGGGUGUUUACGUUUACAUCUCGUGUUUCUCCGCUGAGGAAUUCAUGCUGAACUAUUUUUAUCGCGCGCAAGGGUUCAAGUUUUAAUUCGCGGCCCUCCUGCAUGGGAAGUUAAACACACCAAAACAACCAAAGCAAUCCUCGGACACCUGACCAGGCUCACAUUAAGUUUAACAAGACAGCAGGAAGCAAAUUAAGCUUUUAAGGUAACGAGGUAACACGAAAAAUGCUACAUCAAAUAAAUUAUAGAUGAAAUUGAUAUCCGAAAAAGUUGAAAAGGGCAUUAGGACAGAUAUGCCGAUCCUAAAACAUUCCGCCUGUGUCUCUGUUAAUUUAAAAUAACUGGCACCUCUGGCAGCAAACACUCGUCUUUAUUUCACAGUGUUACAGCUGGUGUAAAAACCGCAACCAAAGAACAAAAAUAUAAACCUAUUCAUGUUGACAUAGUACUUGAUUGAUUUCCUACAGCACUUGGAAACAAAACAGCCGUCAAGAGAGUGAGACAACUGCGUUCCUUUCCAGGUAAGCUGGUUUCUUACGUUUACAGUAGAUACACUACACGUAGUUGAAACUUACUGCUCACAGCAGAGACCUUAAGAUACACCGUUUGUGUGCAGAGGUGUGGGUAAAUUACCCGUGAAUACGGGUAGAUGGCCUCGUACCCCGGAGAAACGGGUAGGCCACCGGGAGAUCAUGUCGCCUUUUGUGUAACUGCGAGGCAAACAUGUUCGCCUACCUGUAUCCGUAGGUAGAAACGGCGUAUCUUAUUAGCCUCUAGUGUUUGCCAUUGUCCAACUGGUUGUACUCGUGUGUAAGUAAAUACAGGCGUAAUUGUUUGCUCUGAGUAAACAGUUUGUUGUGACACGUAUUGACCAUUUGGAGGGAUACAUGUAGCCCCAAGAGGAUGGUGGAAUGUUGACGAAAAAAUCUAUACGGCAGGAGAUCGAGUGGAAGUUUUGUUAACAAAAUAAACCGAACAUUUAGGCGAGGAAAACGCUUUGAGACAAGGAAAAGUUUAGUUGGUCCCAUGCGAAAUUUAUAGCUUCUUGGUUGUGAAGCGCCUUGUCAAGUCCGUCUACGCCACUUUCACUGAAAGAAAAUAAGUGAAUUUUGGAACGACACUGCUAAUGUGUCCCUUAGAAGAUGAACUACAGUAACUGGAAAUCGAACAAUAAAUUGCUUGGAGGGUACUAAAACCUCAAUCAAGCGGAAACGUGUGUACUUGACUUCUAUUGUAUUUGUGACAUGAUUGAUAGAGGCGGGGCAAAUUGUCACUUCAAACGAUUGAAAUUUUUCACAGAAUUCAAGCAAAGCCAACACACCGAGUCCGGCGAAGAAAUAAGCCAAUCAAAAUUUACUUGAACAAGAAUUCGUGUCGUUGUUCGACGGUGCUUAACAAUCUGAUACUAACAGGCGAGAGUUCACCGUCCAACUUAUCAAGGCUAUCAGUCACAUGAAAUCCGCAACAAAGACUGUCACGACGCUAAAGAAUUUACUCUUUGGCACUACGUCAAUAUUGUGCCAUUAGAUUGACAACAAGCAAAUGAAUUGUCUGCGCAGUUCUAAAACAAACCAGGCAACUUGAGACGACAGAGAAGACUCGAUCCACUCACCAAGCAAAUCACUUCUUUCCGUAGUUAUUGCUCGACUGAUGGCCGAAAUUCAGCGUCGACCGGGAUGUUAGUUCGGUCGGAAAUCUCUUGGUGGAUGUGAGUAUGCAGAAAGCAGAGCGGUGGAUAUUGUUUCUCAGCCUUAUUGUUAAUACGCAGUCUGCUUCACCCGGUAAGUGGAUAGCUUCAUAUUUGUUAUUUUGCCACAAGGAUAUUCUAGGGUCUGUGGGUUUCUAGACCUUGUAUUCCUUGUUUAAACUGUUACACAAAGAUCGAUCUUUGUUCAAAUCAUCACAAAAGGCAAUCGGUUUCCGCUUUUUCAAUGCAUUGCCAUGUACGAGACCUCGUCACGCUUUGAAAAUCAAUUCGAAGUAAUAUGCCAAAGAUCAAUGACUCUAUUCAUUUGAAUCAUGCAAGAAAACUUGUUUCUGAUCAACAAGGACAAAGGAGAUCUCAUCAAUAAGUUCAACAUAUAGACUCAAAUAUUUGCUCAGCUCUUAAAUCGCGACGAAGUUGAAAGUAAAUAAGUGGCAGGAGUUACUCAAAGGUUCUGUUUACCAUUUCCAUUGUAUUCUGAGCAUUGUGUCUUGUAAUAUUUCUGGGCUAUCCAGCUGUUUAAUACACGCUCGCGUUUAGUACUCAUUCAGAAAGUAAGCAGGCAACAUUGAAUUUGGUUUUGUAUACGUUUCCAUGCAAACGUUUCAUUAAUUUAACACGUUCAAUGUUAUUAGGAGGGGAACUUAAAUGUCCGGUUGAUUAGUUCUUUUCGUGAUAAUCGAAAGAUGUUGUUUUCAUCACUGAGGUGCCAAUAUCGUAAAUCAGGGGAAGUCGAAAAACACUAUAAUUAUAUUUUGUAAAAGUACGCUCUCUCACUUCUACGUUAAUGCAGAAAGAACGGUUUGAAUUCUGAAAGAACUUCAGCGUUGUAACGUAAAAGGAGUAAAUGAAGUAUUUGUUGUUGCCACCGGAAAGAGAUUCAACGGCUCUGACCAAACUAGAAAAAAAUGUGCAGCAAUAUAACUCACAAGCUUUUAAAUCGUGUUAUUGUGGUCAGUUCGCCUUGCCAUUCCCAAUGCAAGAAGACUUAAAACUAUUUUAAAGCUCCCAUGUGUGCCAGUGUGUAUGGCCUGUGGUAUGAAAUGCCGCCCUAACCAGUCAAAUGUUGUACCGCUGUCUUUUCGGUACUAUAAAAGGUCCGCCGCUUGUGUCAGCAGUGGACGCAGCGUAUUUUUCUUGUUUUCGUGUUCGAAGCACCUCAAGUCAACCACAGAUGGGGAACGAGAUCACGCCCGAAAGUUUUUUUUAAGGUGUUCUGGGUCAGUGUUCUGUUCACUAAUUUCUCAGCAUAUUUGGCAAGGUCAAAAAUCAAUAAUAGAGCUGCAUAAUUUACAGAAGGGAACAGAUGGUCGCUCAAGGGCAAAAAAUCUGUAAUAAUUAUAGUUAAUUCUUAGCAUAAACGUGUGACGGUGCAUUUAUAUGUGCGUGGAGGUUUAUCUCGGUUCUGUGACGCGUCUUUCUCCAUUUCACUUUUUCCCCAUUAUGUUAGCACAAUUAUAACUUUCAGCAAAACGCAGUUGUUCGCCCUUUUGCAUUAAAUUAAUUGCUAUUGCAUUGAAUUAAAAAAUUGUUUGCUGAAUCGCAGUAGUGUAGAUCAAAUCGUUUCCCCAAAUACCACAUCACAGGAUAGUCAGGAAACGAUUUGCACGAUUUGUCUACAGUUAACGUGCCACUACAAAGAAGUGCAAAUAGUUGGAGAGUAUGAGAACCCGACGACCGAAUGUUUCCAACACGUCAGAAGUGUCUCAUAUAGUUUUCUCUACGCUUUACAAACCUCUUUGGUUAAUUUGGAGCUGCCCUAAAAACCGUAUAUCUCAUUCGGAUGUCUUAGAGGAACUUUGGUCGCCACGAAAGUUUUGGGUGACUUUUUCUCUAAUCUGAACUUAACUUUUAGCUACUCUGACGGUUCCGGUCAAAAGUUAAAGGACAUUGAGUAGCCGUACUUUUCUUAGAAAAUUCCAGGGGACAUAUUGUCUUUUUACCGAAAUUUUCUGGAGGCCUUUUUUUAAAACACUAAUCGCAGUAUCUCGGUAGUAAAAUGCGAGAAACAAAACCUCCAAAAAUGGGAGGGCAGUUGGUAGAUCUUAAAAGAAAAUAUUCCAAUACUCUUAGUAGACAAAUGGAACGGUUAUCCAGAAAUUUCUAGCCGUUCUCGAGCCGCAUAAAAUUCUAGGCAAUAUUUGCUCCUUCAAAGAGUUAUUUUACUGCAGAAAAAGGUCGUUGGAUGCAGGUAAAAUCCACCCUGAAACGGUAUCUGGAGAAUGUUUGUAAGCAGACAUGCGUCUAUUGCCUUGCGAAGGUGGAUCAAUCCACACAACUCAGCGGAUUGCUCUUCCUCAAAAGGCGAAAUGAAAAUGGGGACUUCUUUUAGACCCUGCAUAUCAGUUGCUGUAAGUUUUAUAUCUGAUGCGUAAAUAGUUAUAGCGCAAAUGCAUUAUCUCGAAUGGUCGUUCAAAUGUUUUGUCAUGUCAAUAAGUGAAAUCACCCAUCAUGUUAUCAGCUUUUUGUGCGAUAAACUCGAGUAUGUAUUUUCCACUUUACUUCCUUUUCUAUUCACUUUCUUACUAUCAAGAGGGGGGAAAAAAAGCAGAUGCAGCAGCGACAAGUAUUUGUUUUUCUGAGAGGGCAGACUGUACACAUUAGAAAAGCGCGCGUUUCAGUCUCUGGAAGUAAAUGAAGAGAAUUUCCGGCGCAAUCAACGAAUGAGUUCAGCUGAGAAGCAUUAUCUGAUGCAAGUUAAAAAAUGUUAUUUUUGUAAUUCACCCAUCUGCACACAUCAGUGUUUUUGGUGCGAGUCGUAAGUGCUGAGUCGUGGAUACAGAAACACUUUGGUACACAGAGUUCAUUAGGAAAAGGCCAGAAAUUUAAUCAACAGUCUGAUAAAAAUAUCAAGAAAAGGAAAAUCUGUAGAAAUUUUAUACCCAUUCGAAACAUUUGGGGUGUAUGUGCCGAACUCAAGUGAAAUUAAUAACUUUGUAAAAACUGUGUUUACUUUGCAGACAAAUAUCCACCUCACUGUCAAGUCAGUUCUAGCAUAAAACCUCUUAAAAAUGUCAAAGAAGGAACAAUCGUUCGAUUAAGAUGUAGAGUCAAUGAUUGCCCACGUCGGACCAUAUCUUGGCUGAAAGAUGAUCAACCGUUGCAGCAAGAAAAUGAAAGACUAACUAUAAGGAAUAAUACCAGUGGAAACGCCAGUGUCUUAAAGAUAAGGAACGUUAAACUUGAAGACCAGGGAAACUACACUUGCAUUGCGGAAAAUCCAUUCGGGCAGGUGGCGAAUGCAACGCGACAACUCGUACUAGAUGUUCGUCCAGGUAGGGGGUGAAAACUGAAUACAAUUGUGAUUGUUAUGGCGUAGAGUUGGCUAAGAAAUAGAAUGGGUGGCUAAGUGUCUCUGUUGAAAGUAUUGUUCACUUUUCCACAUCAUCUUGAUCUUGUGAUCAGGAGUUUAAAAACAUUAAGUACUAUCGGGAUUUCGAAGCAAAUAACCGGGAAUAAGGAAAUAAGCAAAGCCUUUCUUCGAGUUAGCGGGAUGGUCGAGUUAUCAAGGGUUCGUUCGAGUUACCGAGGGUUAAAUUACAGAAAAUGUACGAAGGAAAUCCAGGGGAAAUCGACUUUGGUUCAAGUUUAAUAGCGCGAGGUUCGAGGUUCGAGUACGCGAGGGUUCGAUUUCGUGUGUGGCUACAUGCUCAGCAGCCUUACGAUAUUUGUCGACAUUAAAAAAAAAUAACACCGAAAAUAAAUUAUGGAUAAACUGAGAUUAAACAGACCCACCACAAAAAUUUUUCAAACGAUGGGUUUACUUUAUCAGUACUAUCGAUUUUAUCAAUUGAACACGCAUUUUAAAACAAAAUAAAUGAGAAAAUACAGACAGAAAAAUAUAAGACAAACUUAAGAUUUCAAAUUUUCAACCAUUACUUGUACUUUUUACGAUAUUUGUCGACUAAAAAAUUGGCGAUUACUUCUACUGACGGUUGUGGCACAGAAAAUAAUCUUUGUUUUACUUCAACCAUUGCUUGAGUGGAAAAAGAGACACCGGUUGUGCAAAAAAUCUUUGUUUUGACAUUUGUGAUGAAUGAACCAACACUAUUAGAAGGUAGAGUUCGAACAUCCAGUAAUGUUGCUUGAACUGCAUUUUAUAAACAUACUAAUAUAAACAUGAUUCCCUGCUGUAUUCACGUUUACUCAAUAUUUUUUGUAGGUACUUCAACGACCCCCACUAAUACUACUUCGCAACCAUCAACCACUCCAGUGCAAUCACAAGGUAGAUUAAGAAGCUGUAACGCUGUUAGUAUUUUGUAUCAUUUACAAAAGAAUUUUUAUCUACGAAACCCACUGAUUCAAUAAUGACCACCCCUUUAAACCCGUAGUGACGUACGUCCGUCAUGAUAUGAGUAGAAUGAUUAGCCAGAGGUUUUGCUUGUUAAACAAUUUCUCCUUAUCUAAUCAUAGUACCGUAGGAAGGAUCAAGAAACUAAUAAAGGCAUAGGUAAAGGUCAAGGUCCUUAUUUUACGUCGGCAACUCGCAAAAGUACUAUACUGACAAACCUGAGGCUGACAGUGCGAAAAUUACUGCUAUAUGACAGCAUUUUAAAACUCCAAAAGUUGACCCUGUCACGUUUGAGAAGCGCAGAUUGACGAUAAUUUUUGGAAUUUCAAGUCACCUUCUCUUUUCUUGUUUCAUAAGGCUCACUUGCCUAUUUUUGUUCGCUGUUAGCAGUUAUUAUACAGCCUCGACUAGCAAAUUGUCACUUUCGCGGCGGACGAAUGUUCCCCCAUUUUGGUGGUCUUGUUGACUACUGAACUGUCUUUUCUACACUUUUCCAAUUCAUCCAUGAGCUGGCUCACAGGAGCCUUUAAUUGUUUCAAAAUUCCCUCUAAUGGGAGGAGUGUUGUGUGACGACACAAAGAUAUACGCACAAAGGUGGCGGUUGAAUAUUAGCAUUGUAUAAACUGUUUAAAGUUUCCCAUUUUCCUGUAAAGAACGGAGAGAUGGAGCGCUAAUGUAUUGGGCGGGUGGACAACAGGUUUCAUCCCAAGGUUAGACUCUGCCAUAAACCAAGAAGUGGGGGCUCGACUUCUAUUCGUGUUUGCUUUAAUUGACCUUCUUUUUUUUUAGGAAAGCCUGUCUUCUCCGACCCAGAUACCUUAAAAAGAGCAUUCAAAGCCUGGCCAGCGUCUCACUCAGUUAAGCUUAAAUGUAACGCGAAGGGGACACCACCACUUAAAUACACCUGGCUAAAAGACGGAGAGCUUUUGAAAGGGAGACGACUGGACCCAUACCUUAACACCUCAAUUUCGUACCUUAGGCUGAAAGAUCUGGUACCUAACGAUGAAGGACAAUACACUUGUAUAGUAUCUAAUCGAUAUGGCAGCAUAAAUCAUACUUACACGGUCAAAGUUCUAGGUAAGAACACGGCUUCAUAUCUUCGGUUCCAUUGUAGACUCGUAGUUUGACAGCUGAUUUUUGAGAGUUUAAUGUCCAUUCAUAACAAACUUGAUACCCUAUAUUAACAACUAUGAACGCACUGAGAAAAGGUUGUUCUCGGUAUUAAGGGUCUUAUAGCAAUCAAACCAUGACCAGGCCAACACAACAGAGACAGCUGUAGAGAAAAUGGAAGAAAGACCCCAAAGUCCACUUCUCUUUUCGAACAAAAGUCUAGGUAUUUUACGUCUCCUUCAAAUUGUAAAGGGUUGAUGAAAGAGACAAGGCCAACGGCUUAUCGUUAUCGUCACCGACCAGCGACGUGAUCCUCUGACCACAGCAUCUCCGAUCUUAUUAGACCCUUACUGGGGGUCUUGCCGGGGUUCUAACCCGUGACCCAAACUAAACCGGUGCUCAUCCAACUGAGGAAAAAGGCGACUAACCUCCCGAGGGGACUUCCAUAUGAAAGUGACGGGGAUGUUCGUUGGAAAAUUAAAAUUAACCCUAAGAGAGACCAAUGUGGGUGUGGCUCAAGCGUAAACCGACCCCUAAAGGAGGCAAUACACAAACAGACAUGAGGGCUAGAGUGUGUCGUGUCGUGCCAGCGAUGUCAUGUUCUUUUUUAAACGUUAGAUUUCUGUGCGUUCAGUGGCAAGGAGUUUUUUUUUAAACUUUUUUAUGCUCAACCCUAAGCGAUACAUGAAUUGGCAAAUAUGGUGACUUUCUGUCCCAAGCAUCCGAAGUGAGACCAAAACCUGCAAUGUACACCCCCAAGCGAGACGACAAACACCCCCGACACUUUUAUAUGGGAACCCCCCCCCCCGGGGGGAGGGGCUAAACCCCAAACAUUGAUGCCGUUUGACAGGUUCUCUCGAUCACUAAGACACUGCAGUUUUCAGCGAACGCCUUAUCUUAUUGGAAAGAUGCGAACCAUUUGACUAUGCAUGGCCUCUACAUCUCUCAAACUGACUCCAUAAAAGUUGAAGGACAGUUGAGGCCUGGCGUUUAACCGGGUGGUAAAGUCGUGACGAGGCAAAGGUUCACGGUUAUUCCUUAAAAACGAAUUACAAAAUGGUCGUACAGUACUAUGUAAAAUAAUCUUACUUGUUUCUCUGGGCCAAUUUGGCUAUUGCCCGUCUAAGUUGUCCGUUACAAUACGACUAUUUCACGCGACCAACUCAGCUGUUUUAAAAGACUUAUGUAUAUUUUAACGAAUUUCCUUCACAGCUAAACCACGAACUCGACCUAUCCUGCGAACGAACCUUCCAGAGAACACGACUGUAGAGAUAGGGAAAAAUGCUACAAUGAAAUGCCGUGUCGUGGUCAGUGGAACGCUUCCAGAUUUUAGGUGGCUAAAAUGGGACAAAUCUGUCACAUUUGUGUCGAAGAUAGAAGACAACUUAGACAACAAUGGGUCAUUUAAACUUAUAGAUCCACGAUAUUAUCAUUCUUUGCAAUUGGGGGACGAAUAUGGUUCUGAGGUGACAAUUAUCAAUGUCACUGAGGACGAUUUUGGACUCUACACUUGUUAUGCGAGUAAUCACAUUGGAGCGGAAUAUAACAGCGCUUUCCUCAGCAGAUACGUGAAACCCACCACUCCAGGUAAGAAGUUAGUUUUGAAUUAGUAAAAACCAACCAAAGGUUAGUGAGUGCAGGCGAGAUCGGUUCAAACGCUCUUGCUCCUACUCUGUGCUUUGCGUAUUAAACCUUCGAGUGAUGGAAGGCCAUAACGCACGUGAUCAGAUUGCCUUCUAUGCAUUCUGUUCACUCUUAAUGCUGGCUACAUACAUGCAUGUGUAAUCGUUACAACCUGGAGAUUAGGAAUGCAGGCUCCUCCGGUCGCCCGCAAUUACUUUUUAAAACAUGGUGUUGCUAUCGAUUAUAAAUUGUAUACGCAUUUCAUCAAGGCAACUAGUAUGGCUCAAGUUAUAACUUCUGAGUCUCAAAAUUACAUGGGGAACAUCAAAGAGAGCGCGUCUUCUCUUUAAAACGCUAUGCACUUUUGUCCCUUGCGCUAGAGGCGUCUGUGCACGUGGUCUGUGUAAAGUACUGUCAUAUUUUGUGUGCAAAAUACACCUGGAAUAAUUACGUGAUAUCCUAGCCUGUUCGAAGACCCGCUAUUUUCUCUUCAAAGUCCGUCGAGCGCGUGUGAACGCCAGCGCAAGGGGGUAGUGGUGCGGGAAGAAGAAAACGACGGACGUUCUUUAUUUUUCUUUCUCGCGCACUCGCCGAUGUUUUCGAAAGAACGAAAAGAAAAAUAAAACAACGUCCGUGUACAGGUUAAUGAUAUCUAGGUUGAAAGCUCUCAAAUGAAACGUUGAAAAAAAUAUACAUAGCAAUUUGGCUAACUAUUUUCUCUUGGCCUCUUUUAGGUAGAGCUGUAAAUCCUGCUCAUGAAAAUAACUCGACCACAAUUUCUGGCAUGCAGCAACCUGCUCAGAUAAAAAAGAAGGAUGAGCCCGGAGACAACGUCGUUAUUAUUGUACUCAGUGUAGUUAUGUUUUUGGCUUUUGUAAUUGGAAUCACUGUAUUCAUUGUCUAUCGCCGUAAAGUAAAGGGAAAGUUAGCUCAAGAUUCCAAACCCCAAGAUAACAUUGUCACUCUACAACAUAUGGAUAUUAUUCCUGCAACAUCAACCCUUAUUGCAUCGGAAUCUAACACUCCAAAUCAAACGGAUGGAACUCAAAGAACGUUUCCCUAUCCAAUUCCAAGGAGGCGAUUAAGUUCUUCUGACUCUACCACACCUUUAUUAAAAUACAGAAAUGGUAGCUACAGAUCACGCUUUUCUUCAGGUUUAUCAUCGAGAAUUGACUCAAACAUCGCUGAAGGUAAAGAAAAGGGUCGCCGACGCUUAUUUCGUUUCGUAAGGACCACCGGUAGACGCAUGGCUGCUAAGCCUAUUAAAUCCUUGACAUUGUGUUACCGUGGGAUCCAGGGGCCGAAUUCAAAAAGGCCUCCUAUGUAUAGCGUUCUGCCCUGCGCCACGGAGGGAACCAAAAAUUCUAACCGCGGCAGGAUUAGCCAGGCGGUAGAGCGCUUGACCGGGAGGUCGCGGGUUCGAUGCAGGGUAUUAAAAUAACCGAGAAAUGCGUUUUCCAGCAAACGGGUAGAGCUUCGGUUGGCUCGGAUUACCACGUAAAAUGGUGGUCUCGUCCCCAGUAGGAGACGUAAGAAUAAUGUCUCCAAUUAGUACUUUCGUGCUUAAUACAUUGACACUCAAAUAAAGCGCUUUUUGGUUAAGUCCGUCUGCGCCGAAGGAUUUGAGUACGCGCUACGGUUGACGUGUUACGUGCAAAUGUCCAUUUGCCAGUCAGAUUGAAGCCGGGUAGAUUCGAAACGCAUUUCUGGUUUCUCGUUGAGUCCGUUGGGAACCCAGAGCAAGGAUAUCCGCGGUGCUCGGCAGACGUUACUAAACGAGAUUUGUCUCGGUAGUCCCGAAUUCAGCUCCUCGCCACACUUGUAAAAUAGCGAAAUGGUUCUUUUCAGUUAUUUGAUUCUGUCCUUUUUGUGGGUCAUCAUAAAAACUACUGGGUUACCAAUUAAUGGGAGACUUUUAUGAAGUCACUUUUUUAACCAAAUGGUAUACUUACGUUGACUUCUAUUCACCCUUAUUUAACACAGAGCUUUACGAGCUGCCUUGUGACGAGGAGUGGGAAAUUGAAAGGUCUCAACUUACUCUAAAGGAACAGCUUGGCGAAGGAGCAUUCGGUUUGGUCGUUCGAGCUGAUGCUGUCGGAUUGCCCGAAUUGCCUGCUAGAUGCUCUGUAGCUGUAAAAAUGCUUAAAGGUAAGAGAUACUACAGCCAUUACACCCCUUCAGUGCGAUCUCUUUUUCGUCAGGUUAAGUUUAUUCAAACAAAAGCAAGGGUGGUGCAGUGGUAAGACUACUCGCCUCUAACCAAGGUGGCCCGGGAUCAAAUCCCGGCGACGACGCCAAAAGUGGGCUGAGUUUGUUGUAGGCUGUCCCCUUUGCUCCGAGAGGUUUUUCUCCGGGAACUCCGUCCCGUCCCGUCCCGUCUCUUCAAAAAAAAAACCAACAUUUCCAAAUUCCAAUUCGACCAGGAAUGGUAGACGAAGAACCAGCAUGUAGAUAUGCUACCUCUAAAUUAUUGUAUAAUUAUUCUUUAACCCAUUCAUUUAUUAAUACUCAUUCGCAACGUUUUCCUCUAACCGAGGUCGGCUGAUAAGACUAAUGAUUACAAAGAAUUUGCUAAAUUUGAGGAAACCUUGUUAGACUCACAACAUCAUCACUUGAUAGAUUAAAAUGCACGUAUGGAGAAUCUUCAAUUAUUUGUGAGAGGGUCACUGUGCAAUACAGUAACUGUGGAUAAAAUGUGAUCUCUUCUAGCUGAUGCAACGGAGAACGAACUAGCUGACCUUCUGUCUGAGAUGGACACCAUGAAGGACAUUGGUAAACACAAGAACAUCAUCAAUUUAAUUGGUGCAUGUACACAAAAUGGUAAGCAAUACUGAAGCCGGAUAAACUUACGCAGCUCGUGGACGUUCAAGCACUCUGCCCUCUUUGCCUCGUCGGCCCCCUCGGCCUACUUAAUGUGUCAUUGGAUGAACAAUAGCCUGUUCACAGACCCUCUUUUUUUCGCUGUAGACAAGAUCAAACGCGCGUUUCAUUUUAUUUUAUUCUUUUCUCGCUUCGCGCUUGUUCGUGCCCUCUUUGCCUCGGCGGCCCUUCGGCCGCUUAAUGUGUGUGGAUGAGCAAUGGCCUGUUCACAAAAUUUUCGCUGUAGGAAAACGCGUUUCAUUAUUGGACAAGCUUGUUCAGAUGAGGGCCCCUCAAUGGAUGAGGGUCAGACCCUAUAUUUUCAGUGGAAAAUCAAACAAGAAUGAGCUUCGCGCUGCAAAAUUCGGCGGGAAAAAAUGUUGGUCACUUGUGGAAAACUAACAAAAUGAGCUUCCUUAAUGAAAAACCAAACUCUCCAUAAAACAACAACAAAAACACCCUCCAGUAUUUUUUUUUUGACUGUCAUGUAAGCGGUGACACACAGAGAGGUUACACAAAGACAGCAACGAUUGCCUACGAAUAAGGCCGUCGCUUCUCGCUCCUCACCGCUACGAACGCGUUUUUGCGGGAGGGAUGUCUCAGAUUUCUGAUUGCUUUCCUGAUUAUGCCAAAAAGAUUUUAAACUUACAAAGGAUACUUGUACUCACAAGUUCUAAACUCGGGUAUUUCAGGUCCUCUGUUUGUCAUAGUGGAGUUUGCACCCCAUGGCAAUCUUCGGCAGUUCUUGAGGGAAAGAAGACCUUCUGAGUAUCAACACACAAGGCCGAAUUCCUCAGGUCCUUCUCUUACUGUCAGGGACUUUGUAUCUUUCGCGUUCCAAAUAGCGAGGGGGAUGGAGUAUCUGGGAACAAGAAAGGUAAAGUAGACAUUUUUUGUAACAGAACAGUAUGAUAUAUAUAAAAAUAAAAACAGUAUGCGAGUUCUAAAUAAGGAUUAGGCGAUCAAUAGAGCGCAACCUAUGAACGUUUUGCUCCUCAUAUUUCGAGAGCAAAAGGCGACAGUUAUUGAAAGCUUUUGGUGUGCCGCAGGAAAACCUGUCACGUGUGUCUGUUAAUCAACUGGACAUCAUUGAUAUAGGGCGUUUUUACUCGACGCCACGGCGGAUAUAUUGGUGUUCCAUGCACUUGAGGCCUUCCUCUGAGAAGUGGUUAAGCUUGACAGAAUACUUGCUAAGGACUUUAAUUUUAUAGCAAAAACCUUUCUCUCUGUUGUUUUCCAAAUACAGUGUGUCCAUCGUGAUCUUGCUGCUAGAAAUGUCCUUGUCGGUGAAGACUAUGUCAUGAAAAUCGCUGACUUCGGUCUGGCACGGAAUAUUAGGGACCUGGAGUACUACAGAAAGACCACAGACGUAAGUUUGCUUUAUACCUUUUUCACUUAGUGAUGAUGAUGGUGAUGGUGGUGGUGAUGUUGGUGAUUAUUUGCGUUCGAAAAAACCAAAAAUCAAUGACGACAGUCAAAGCAGUGUUUGAAUUGGUGUUAGAACCCUAUUCGAGACCCAUUUUGCUGAUAAUCACAACAUAAAUUGAAAGAUUUGAUUGUCAACGCCUCUCACGCUAUAGAAAGAUCGCUGAUUCUUCCGUUCUGGUAAAUCUAUUACCUCUGAUAAGCGUGAACUCUGGUAGUUAAAAGCCUUUUUCGUCACUGAGAAUGUGCUUCACCUUCGCACCACACAGACCGGAUGUAACAAAUCCUGAACAGUUCCCCCUUUGAUCUAAUUUACCCAUGGCAUGCAAAUAUUCUGCGGUGUCCUUAACUAUAAGCUGUUUUCUGCUUUCAGGGUCGACUACCGAUAAAAUGGCUGGCUAUUGAAGCAUUGUUUGACAGAGUGUACACGACGCAAAGUGACGUAUGGGCAUUUGGAAUACUUCUCUGGGAAAUUUUCACUCUCGGUAAGACCAUCAAUUUACGACUAAGUCGCUUCCUUUCUUUUGUAUUGUAUCACUCUAUUCUGCAUACAGCAUCGCAUUUACUUAGAAUAGUAAAUACCUCAGUAGUCAACAGUAAAACUAGGUCCUCAUCUGAAGUAAAACAAGUAGAAGGUAUUUCCGAGAAGUUGUCGACUAAAGUGGCUCCUCCACGAAAACGCCAUUCAUUUUUUUCGUAACUGAUGCUGUCGUUAGCGGGAAAAAAAUAAUCAUCCAUACUUCUCCUGGCGAGGAGCGUUUGACUAGGACUGACUGGACAUGUACUGAACUCACUGUUUCAGGUGGUUCUCCAUACCCAGGAAUACCAGUAGAAAGGCUGUUUGACCUGUUAAAGUCUGGAUACAGAAUGCAGAAACCACAGAAUUGUCCAAAUGAAAUGUAAGUAUGGCCACCCAAAGUUUGUGCGUAGUCUUCGCAAAUCUUCGUCAUUUUACAUGGAAAACCACGGGAAAGUGGACCAGCUUUCAAAAACCAAUAACAAUUCAAUUUAAAAUACUUGUCAUUUUUUGUCUUUUAAACAGAUACGAUAUUAUGCUGAAUUGCUGGGAUGAAAACAGCAUCAACAGAGCCUCGUUUACAACCCUAAGAAAAACAUUUGACGCCAUGCUGUCAUCCCUGGCCAGUAAAGUAAGUGUCUGCCCCUGGAUGGCUGUUGUCUGCCGCUUUCACGACACCUCUAUACUCAAACAUAUUUUUCGCCUCUAUGACACUUACACCAUAACCUUUCUUUUCCUAUAUGAAAACUUUGUUUUUGCUGUAUACCCUUGACUAAUGUUCCCUGUUCACGGACUUAUUCCAAUAGAAUUCUCACAGCACAUAUUUAAUUAACUGGGCCUUUUUAGGCACAAUUCUUGAUUGUUUCCCUUCUUUUCUUGAAUUAUACUAGCGGGGAUAGGCCACAAUUUGAGUCUUCGCCACUCUAUUCGAAUGCUUUUAGCCUAAAAUUCCUCUUCAUCUCGCUCCAUGCAGAAGAUGAAAUAGCCUGUUCAAAACCUGAUCAUUCCGCAUCUUUUACAACAAAUAGCUGAUUGAAUUUUAUUUUGAUUACAACAGGAGUACUUGGAAAUACUGGCUCAGUCAAUUGAGGACAUUGCGCUUAGCAUGGAAACGCCCAUUACGGAUGACUCUGACAUUAACAAUGAUACUAUAACGGAGUCUUCGUGCUAGCAGUUUCCGCGAGAGUCACAGCAUAUGACAUUUCGUUCCAUCCGAUCUGGAAUUAUGCCUGUAGCUACUUGGUUCCUUAAGCAGGCACCGAUGGACGCCGUUGUUGUAGUUUGCUGUGACACAGUUGCUGUAUAUAAUUGAUGGACGGUUCUUAGAGGUCUUACAGACUGCAAGUAAGAUGUUCUGCUAAACAAGGUCACGAAUUCAUCUCGUCGCUGCAGAACAAUUUUAAAGAGGCUACCCAAGGAGCAACCGAAGUUGCCGUUGUACAGACAUGAGACCUUCAAAUCUGCAGGAAGGCGUACCUUAGAGUGCACUUUCGUGUUCGGUAUUUCAGCCAACUUGCAUGACGGACUGUCUAUGAUCCAGAAAGAUUACCAGUCUGGGUAACUGUCGAUAGAGUUCAACAAUACAUCGCCACGUACGUCUCACUUCGGGUCACUGAAGAUAGGAUGUAAGCUCCGUCUUCAUAUCUUUCUUCAGUUCCAGUGGCGAGUACUUCCUGAAGAAUAUAUUUUUUUCAAGGCUAGCUUGAUAGUAUGAGAGGACGCGAAAUAUUAGUGAAAAUAUCAAAUAGAUGGCCUGAAGUUUGCUAUAACGUGUCCUUGAACACUUCAAGUUUACUAACCCAGAUAAUUGUACAGUCUUCCGUUUUACGUAGCGUUAGAAAGCCGUUACUCGUAUAAUUCUCAUCUCCUCGGACAGGAGUAAUAUACAGAAGCAAUAAUACUCAGUUCAAAGAGGAUGGUAAAUAUUCAGAUGUAUCUAAAUUUUUGGAGUGAAUAGUUUAUGAAAAGCUUCAACUUUCUGACAAUAAUAAAAAGAAAAAGGUAGAAGGAAGUCAGUUUGAUGUGUAUUGUCGGUUAGGGUGUACUUUUUAGAAAGUUGUUCCCUUUUAAGAAAUAGCGGUUAUAGGAAGGUUGGCGUUGGUAUAGUUUCGACGAUGUGCGGAAAAACGUUUCCGCUGUUUUUCAAAGUCAUAUUUGGUGCAUUGAACUAGUUGAAUGCAGUAAGUAAACUCCACACAAAUGCCUUGAAUAUGAAUAUAAAUGCGUAGUGCAUACCCCGUUUAAGAC